AUGUUCGACCGGGGAAAACACGAGUCAAGAAGAAGAAAGAUCGACUAUGGCUCUCCAAUGGAGACCACAUAUAAGGACUACGCAGAGGCGCGGCGAUCAAGAUACCCGAAUACCUAUCGUGAAACGCCUCCCGAUGAGCGCACCAAAAAGGACUAUGAGAACUAUUCAGCGCUUACUGCAGAGUCAAAGGCGAAGAACAAAGAGUAUCUUGGCCUGUAUAAGCAAGAGGCCCGACGGUUCGAUAACUAUGGACGGUCUGAUCCACAAUCCUUUGCAGAGGAGAAGAGCUUCUAUAAGGAGCAUAGGGCUGGACUUUUCCCUGAACAGCAUGAAAGGCUGGUCGAACCUUCUCGGCAGAGACACGAAGCGAUGAUGAGCAUGGCCAAUGCGCGGGAUAGAUACCUUGCCGAUCACCGCUAUGGUUACUACGACUAUGGGCAGCGCAAAACACACGAGGGUCACCGAGAUAGAGCAUACAAUAACACCUUGACAGCUAGAAUCGACUUUGAUGAGCAUUACAAAUAUGCUGGGUAA